UUUUUUCGCGGACGUUAUCAGACGAAUAGCGAACAACGUUGUGGUAUUUUGUGUUUAUAAUUCACCAGAGAAACCUCCAUAGGAGAGACAUGCAACUUUCCUGUAAUGGUAGAAAGGGGCGAAUGUUACUGCACAAAAACCGUGACGACGUUGUGUCGUGGAGGUCCGUAUGGACGUAUUUUUUCCUAGUGGUUCAAAACAUAGAAAACAAGUGGCAAGGUAGAUCACCUUUAGGACACUUCUAAGCGGGACGCGGGUGCAGGUGCAAGGGCGCUAAGCACCGGAUGAAGGAAGCUCGCUAGCAUGCUAGCAUUGGAGCUAGCUGGCCUUCUUUGAGAGAGGGCCGCUCGAAUGCAAGCUGGCUAGCCCGCUUUAGGGAGACUAUUCCCCGCCGUGCGAAUAUGCUUGAUACCGAGCGUGGAGUCGUCAAUGGCGACUAAGUUGACUAUACCUUCAUCAACAAGGCCUUCGUUCUGGCGCCAUCUUCAUGGAGCUUCUGAAAUCCAAACAUUGAGCUACAAGCAAAAAAAAAAAAAAGGACAACAUAGGAGGCUCGGUGUUAGUUGCCUGGUUUUAAAAACAAAAAAAAAACACUUUACAAGGAAUUAACACGAUGUAAUUUCGGGACAAUGCCCCCCACCUGUCAACCCCGGCCAGGCUGUCCCUCUCCUGGGCUGUCAGUGUCGGAAAGUCCUCCUCUGUUUCACUCGCUUUUCCCGCCGCCAUUUUCUUUUCCUCAUCACCACCAGCAGAAGCCGAGCCGAGACUCCGAGCAGCAGCAGCGCAGGCAGCGACGGCGACAGACACGCUGCACGAUUGCAUGGAAGGAAAAAAAAACACAACGCAGAGACGACCCGCUUCGCUCCACCGAAUCGAACCCGAGCGAAGCAAAAGGCCAAGAGGAGCCAGACAGUGAAGAGGAGGUGUACGAAGUGGUUGACCUGACAGAAUAUGCUCGAAGGCACCAAUGGUGGAGCAGGGUGUUUGGGAACAACUCAGGCCCGUUAACGGAGAAGUACUCCGUGGCAACCCAGCUCAUGAUGGGAGGCCUGACAGGGUGGUGUGCUGGUUAUGUCUUCCAGAGAGUUGGGAAGGUAGCAGCAACUGCGGUUGGUGGAGGGUUUCUACUUCUACAGAUUGCCAACCACAGCGGCUACGUGCAGGUGGACUGGAAGAAAGUGGAGAAGGAUGUGAACAAAGCAAAGAAACACCUGAAGAAGAAAGCCAACAAAGCAGCACCUGAAUUAAACACAUUUAUUGAGGAGGUAAAGGCCACCGAUUUCAUCAAGAGGAACAUCGUCUUGUCCAGCGGCUUUGUGGGAGGAUUUUUCCUGGGUUUGGCCUCGUAAAAACUACUGAAUUCAAUCACGACAUGGAUGGCUUUCAUCCACCAUCAGUUACAUAGGGUGUUAUUUCGAAUAUCAAAUUGUGGUCCAUGGUAAGUUGUGUCAGUUGCUGUUAUUUCCCAUGUAUAUUUGUGGAUUAUCUCACCAAUCUUUAGUUGUUUCAUGGGCAAAAUGCUGGUUUGGAGACAACUAAAAUGGACUGCACUGAUGGUUGAAUGAAAACAAGUUUUAAGCUGCACUGGAGUUCGUAUUGCCAUGAAACAUGAUCAGAAUUGUUAUUUGUAAUACCGUAUUUUUCGGAGUAUAAGUCACUCCGGAAUAUAAGUCGCACCGGCCGAAAAUGCAUAAUAAAGAAGGAAAAAAACAUAAGUCGCACUGGAGUAUAAGUCGCAUUUUUUGGGGGGAAAUUUAUUUGAUAAAACCCAACACCAAGAAUAGACAUUUGAAAGGCAAUUUAAAAUAAAUAAAGAAUAGUGAACAACAGGCUGAAUAAGUGUACGUUAUAUGAGGCAUAAAAUAACCAACUGAGAACGUGCCUGGUAUGUUAAUGUAACAUAUUAUGGUAAGAGUCAUUCAAAUAACUAUAACAUAUAGAACAUGCUAUACGUUUACCAAACAAUCUGUCACUCCUAAUCGCUAAAUCCCAUGAAAUCUUAUACGUCUAGUCUCUUACGUGAAUGAGCUAAAUAUUAUUAUUUGAUAUUUUACGGUAAUGUGUUAAUAAUUUCACACAUAAGUCGCUCCUGAGUAUAAGGGACGGCGUGGCGCAGUGGAAGAGUGGCCGUGCGCAACCCGAGGGUCCCUGGUUCAAUCCCCACCUAGUACCAACCUCGUCAUGUCCGUUGUGUCCUGAGCAAGACACUUCACCCUUGCUCCUGAUGGCUGCUGGUUAGCGCCUUGCAUGGCAGCUCCCGCCAUCAGUGUGUGAAUGGGUAAAUGUGGAAGUAGUGUCAAAGCGCUUUGAGUACCUUGAAGGUAGAAAAGCACUAUACAAGUACAAGUACAACCCAUAAGUCGCACCCCCGGCCAAACUGUGAAAAAAACUGACAUAUAGUCCGAAAAAUACGGUAGUUUGAACUGUGCCAACCAUAUUACAUGUAUUUAUUGCUUUAUCCUUCAAAUAUCUCCAUGCAGUGAUAGCAGAAUGGGAAUCUGGCCAGGCUCCCUCAUGCAUUCAGUAAUGUGCACACCAGCGCUGGUCACUUUGCUAACACUUUUUUUUUUUUUGCCUUAUUAUACUAUGUUGUACCAUAUGCUGUUUAUUGCUUCUGCUGGGUUACGUAUUUUGUGAUAUGUGAAUUUUGUUUUUCUACUUUGCCAAGUUGUCUGGAUUCAAGCAAAAAUCAUGCGGGUUGGUUGUUCACUUUUGUGAAGGGCAAGGAAUACAAGGAAAUAAAUUCUGUUGACAAGGAGUAAAAAA